AUGGAAUUGGCAAAUCCUAAUAAAGAAAUUGCCAGUUGUGUUAAAGCUGCUGUUCGUGUUCGUCCAUUAUCAAAUAAUGAACAACAAGAUCUAUGUCAAACAUGUGUUGAUGUACAACGAACAACAAAUGAGAUUAUUUUAGCUAAUAGUACAGCUUUUACAUUUGAUCAUGUUUUUUUAUCAGAAAUCAGUCAAGAAGAUCUCUAUCGUGAAUGUAUUUAUGAUAUGAUAGAAGGAUGUUUUCAAGGUUAUAGUGCAUCUAUACUUGCCUAUGGUCAAACUGGUUCUGGAAAAACUUUUACUAUGGGUAGUGGAAUUGAAUAUAUGGAUCCUUCGAAAGAAGGUAUUUUACCUCGUGCCAUUAUGCAUAUAUUUCAAAGAUGUGCAAAUUAUGAACGUGAAGCAGAAUUAAAAGGUAUUACACUUGCAAAAUGUGUAGUUUCAUGUCAAUUUAUUGAAAUUUAUAAUGAAAAUAUUUAUGAUUUAUUUAAUAAAGAAAAUAUUGAUUUUCGUUCACAAAAAAAUAUUGAUAAACAUGUCGUAUUUGAAAAUAGUAAUGGAGAAAUAGCAGUGACAAAUAUUACAACAAGAUUUGUUACUACGGCACAAGAGACACUUGAUUGUUUAAGAGAAGGUGCUCUUUGUCGAACAACAGCAUCAACACGUAUGAACAGUGUAUCAAGUCGAUCACAUGCCAUAUUUACUGUAAAUUUACAAUUUGAACGUGUUGUUUCAUCAACAUCAGAUACAAAUAUACGUGAACAAAUUCGUGCUAAAAUUCAUUUUGUUGAUUUAGCUGGAUCAGAAAGUUUAAAACGAACAGGUGCAACAGGUCAACGUGCUAAAGAAGGAAUUAGUAUUAAUAGUGGUUUGCUUGUUCUCGGUAAUGUGAUAUCAAUCUUAGGUGAUCCAAUGAAAAAAGGAGCACAUGUACCAUAUCGUGAUUCAAAAUUAACUCGUUUAUUACAAGAUUCAUUAGGUGGCAAUAGUCGAACAUUAAUGAUAGCUUGUAUAUCACCAGUUGAUCGUGAUUUUUCUGAAACAAAAAGUACACUUAAUUAUGCUCAACGUGCACGUAAUAUUCGUAAUCGUGUUAAAGUAAAUCAAGAUAAACAUAGUCGACAAAUCAUACAAUUACAAAUGGAAAUCGAACGAUUACGUGCAUUAGUUGAUAAAAAUGAACAUUUAUCAUCAAGUGAAUUCGAUCAAACGAGUAAUAGUGCAUUAAAUCAAGAACUUGAACGUAUACGUUCAUAUAUAUAUACAAUACAACGUUCAAUAAAUGAAACAAAUAUGGUAUCACAAACAUUAAAAAAUGAACUAGAAACUGUUCGUGAUCAUCAACAAAUAAAUGAUACAACAUUUGAUUAUAAUCAAGCAUUAAAUCAAUGUUUAUUAAAAAGUGAUGAAAUUCAAUCUCGAUUAUCACGUAUGAAUGAUGUUAGUAGUAUACUUCGUAAACGUAGUCCAAUAUCAAAUCGUCGAAAAAGUCGUUUAUCAACAAGAUCCGUUUCAAUUGAUCAAACAUUAUCAAAUGAAUUUAAUCAAAAUUCAAUAGGUUCAGAUGAAUUACAACCAUGUAUUGAAGAUAUUCGUCAUGAAAUUGAUCGUCUUCGACGUGAAGAACAAUUACUUCGUGAAAAUGGUUCAGCUAAAUCAAAUCGUAUUGAUUUUAGUACAAUUCCAGGUUCACCUCAAGAACUACAUGAAAUUCCUAAAAAACGUAAAAUUGAAGCUCUUUAUUCUCUAUCAACAAAUCCAUCAACAGAAACAAUUGAUAGUCGUUCAAAUAUGCCAAUUAUUGAAGAACAAGAACAUAUUAUUAAUAGUGAAGAUGAUGAUGAACAAGUACAAACAGCUAUUGAUGAUGAUGCUCAAAGUGAAUCUGAUGUACAAGAAGAAAAACUAUUAAUAAUAACAACAGAAAUAAAUGCAAAACAAAAAUGUCUUGAAAUGCUUGAAAAUGCACGUAAACGUAGUGAACUUAUACGACAACGAUAUGAAGAACGUAUAAAAUUACUUUCUGAACGUAUACAUAAUGCUGAAGAUGAAAAACAAGUUGCUGUAACAAAAUUAAAUACCAUUGGACGUGAUCAACAAAAUAUUGAAGAAUUAAAAUUAGCUAGACGUGAUUAUGAAGAAAAAAUUCGUCGAUUAGAAAUUGAAAAUAAUGAAUUAUCAACAUUACGUGCACAAUAUGCUAUUUGUUUAAAAGAUGGUGAAUAUUAUAGAAAAGAAUUAUCUAAACAUACAAAUGAAUUAAAAGAUUUACGUAAAAUAAAAGUUCAAUUAACACGUGAAUUACGUCAAGAAUUUACACGACAUAAACAAGCUGAACAAGCAAAAGCAAGAGAAAUUGCUACACUUAAACGAACACAAAUGCAAAAAGAUAAUGAAAUUCGAACAUUACGUGCUCAACAUAAACAAAAAGAAAUGAUUCUUAAACGUAAACAACAAGAGGUACAUUUAUUACGACGUCAAAUGCGUUCAGGUAAAGUGCGUGCAACAACAAAAGAGAUGAGUGCACAUUAUACUGCUAUUCAACAAGGCAUUACAAAUGCAAUUCGUCGUCGAAAACUUAUUGCUGGUAUUAAUCGUGAUAUGAGUACAUUAAUUGAAAAUCGUGAAUGUGUGAGUCGUAAACGUGAACGGUAUUGUAAACGAUUAAGUAAUGCUAUUGUUAAUAGUACAACUAAUACACAACAAUCUGAAGAUCCAACAUGUAAACCAUUACGUGAAUCAAUAACAAAAUUAGAAAGUACAAUAGCAUAUCUUAAUUCUGAAAUUUCAUCAUGUCAACAAGUACUAAUGGUUUAUGAUGAUGAAGAACAAACACAUGAAUUAAUACAAGGACCAGAUCCACAAUUAAUUGUUGAUUGUGUUACAGAUAUUGAUGAACUUCGAUAUUUAUUAACAAAACUUAUUGAACAAACUAUUGAAAAAGGUUUCGAAGCUGAUGAAGCAAAUGAAUUAAUGUCUUAUGUUGAUUUAGUUGAAACAAUUCUUGUUAAAAAAGAAGAUAGUAAACCUACCGCUACACGUAUUAGAAAAGCUAUUGCAAAUACUAGUCAAGAUGAUUCAAUGGAUACAACACCUAUUCCAGAAGAAUUACCAGCAUCAACAACAGUUAUACUUCGACCAUUAUGUAAUUCUCCAAAUUUAUCUAAUUAUCAAACCGAACCAUUAUGUGCUGACUAA